CGUUGGCUAGCACCGGGCAACAGAUGGCGGCGGCGGCGGGUAGGACAUCCAUCAUAUGUGACUGGGUGUAGACACGGAUGGAGGAGUCCGGAACAGCGAACAGAGUUGGUUGUCUCGUGACGAACCAAAAAAUGGUCUAACCAUUUUCACCUCAUUGAGAAUUUCUUUCCACACUCUUGGAUUUUCCUUGCCUUGUCUUGGUCCUUUACUGGAGGCCGCUGAAGCAUCGGGCUAAAUUAGGAAAAAACACCGAGCCGAGAGAAAGGAGACCUAUGUGGAAUUGUUUGGAAAGUGCCAUACCACGGGUUUUCCAGGAUUCCGCUUCACGAAGUAACGAAGUAUUUAAAAUAUAGAGGCAUGUUGGUUUAUUCAACGGUCAAAAGUGAAUUGUUUGUGUAACAGAAGAAAGUUAACUUGUUAGCUAGCUCGCUUCGAUGCUACUUAGCUACUUAGCAGCGAAACUCCUGUAUGUUGAAUGAAUGAACGGAUGUAUGAAUGAAUCGGCGACCACCUGGACUCAACUAGCAGCUGCUUGUCUAUUGCAGUCACCAGAACCCAUUGAAUAUUACUGAAGGCGACAUCCGUUCUCCACAACAGGGUGAGCUAAGCUCUGUACACCCUCAAAUGGGCAGGAAUGCAAUUCCUUGGAGUUGGACAGCAACGGUUUAGCACACAAAGAUAGUGUUGUGUUAGUACUGACCAUAGCCUGGUAAUGUUUAUGAGGCAGGCGGAAGCUCGCUUUAGCUAGCUUCUUAUAUUUGCACUACUUGGACUUGGUUGCCGCACUGAGAAGCUUGCACUCGGGUUGGAAUGGGAAACACGGUAUCAUGCUGCGUCUCUCCCGAGUCGAGCCCCAAACUACCUUCAAGACAACCGCCAGAGCGUCUGGAGGAGUUCCAGACCAGCACCGAAGUGAGCGAUGAUAACACUGUGCCCUACCUGCAGCAUAUAAGUGACAGAGAGGUCCCCGAUGAGCUGGCUUUUGAGUCUAACCCCUCAGACCACGCCCGAGCGAGCACCAUCUUCCUUAGCAAGUCUCAGACAGACGUACGAGACAAAAGGAAAAGCAACCACAUUAAUCACAUCAGUCAUGUGUCUCCUGGACCACUGUCAAAGAAGUACAGCUCUUGUUCCACAAUUUUCAUAGAUGACAGCACCGUUAGCCAGCCAAACCUCAAAAGCACAAUCAAAUGUGUCACGUUAGCAAUAUACUACCACAUCAAAAACAGGGACUCAGACAGGUCACUGGACAUCUUUGAUGAGAAGUUGCACCCCUUAUCUAGAGAGGCAGUGCCAGCUGACUACUUCCAUGUUGACCCAGAACACAAACUGAUCUACCGCUUUGUCCGAACACUCUUCAGUGCUGCACAGCUCACAGCAGAAUGUGCCAUUGUCACUCUUGUGUACUUGGAACGCUUGCUGACCUACGCUGAGCUGGAUAUCUGCCCUGCCAACUGGAAAUACAUUGUCCUGGGAGCCAUCUUAUUGGCUUCCAAAGUCUGGGACGACCAGGCUGUGUGGAAUGUCGACUACUGCCAGAUCCUUAAAGACAUCACUGUGGAGGACAUGAAUGAGAUGGAGCGUCACUUCCUGGAACUCCUCCAGUUUAAUAUCAACGUGCCAGCCAGUGUCUACGCCAAGUACUACUUUGAUCUGCGGCAGCUGGCUGAUGACAACAACCUCAACUUCCCUCUGGAGCCUCUCAACAACCAACGUGCCCAGAAACUAGAGGCCAUUUCAAGACUAUGUGAAGACAAGUAUAAGGACCUGAGCCGAGCGGCGAUGAGACGAUCCUUCAGCGUUGACAACCUGAUAGGUAUACGAUGCUCCAACGCUGUGCUGUCAUAGGCCACACCUCCACCGCCUGCCCUCUGAAAGUCAGCCCUGGACAAGUAUGGCCACUACACAGAAGUAGAAAUGGCCUCAUCAGGCAGGAUUCAGCCUUGAGAUGCUACUGUGUGCCCUCAAACCUAAAACUUCCCAUACAGUUAUUGGUUUUACAAAUCCCUUAUUUAUUUCUUAAUUGUCCCUUAUGUCCAUUAUAAAGGUCAUCAGGACUGGAUCUAAUGCAGUCCAGCACAAAGGAGUAAUCGUAGCAUAAACACGCAAACAUGUUUGAAUUAUUACAUUUAGCCUCAAAACGAUUGGUGUUGGACUAUAUUUAGUUUUUCACUGAAUCCCAUGAAAAAAAGUUUAUGUUAGUCUGUCUGUUUACUUCCUGGUUUGUGCUCUAGACGAAUAUCAACUGUGAGUAAUAUAUGAAAUCUUUAAAAAGGCAUUAGUGCUUGACUAUUUUAGCCACGGAUUAAUACACAUUUCAUGUACUAGUGAGGCAGAACAGUACAUGUUGGACUGACUUCAGGCUCACCAGUAAAGCAGUGUGGCUUUUAAUAGUUUUAUACCACAAAGGAAUAAGACAUCAUGCUUGGAUUGACAAGCAAUCACUGCUAAAUCCUUUUCUUGUAGUUUUUUUGGUCUUUUUGUGGGAUUUUGUGAAAAUAAGACUAUAGAAUAUCACCAAAAUAAAUCUUUUUAACAGGUAGAACAAAGGCAAAAUUCCGAUACUUGUAAAUGAGAUACAAAAGUUACUUUUGAGAGUGUAAAUCAAACUUGUUUACUGUUGAUACCAGUGGUGUUGCAUUCUGUUUGAGUAAAUUAUGUACCCAUUUGGAUUUAGCAUAGAGCAUGUCUCACAUGAGAAGUAUUAAACUAUAAAUAAUCUAAAGGAGCUGGCUGAAGAAAGCACACAUUCAGUCAGUUGUUGUCUGUUGAGUGUGUAUGUGUGUGUGUGAUUUUGUGUCAGGAGUGCCAGUCUGAGAUCAGAUGCACUACAGUUGGUCAAAUGGGACUGAGUUUUACAGAUUCUCAAUCAGUUCUGCUGCUGAGUGGGUCUAAGCAGUUAAGAUGAUGACAUAAUGGAGGUUGGGUCCCCACUGUCCAGACUCGGUAUUAUGCCCCUCAAACCCGGCCGUCCUGCCUCAAAGAGGCGGUCAACAGAUAAUCAGUCCUGUGCUUGUCCCAGUCCCUGACCAGAGCUUUGGAAUGGACUACAUAGAUAAUGAGGGGGUAAUAAAGAGAUUGAUGGAUCCUCCCCUCCUUUUUGCUUACUAUGUAGGCCACUAGCUGUGAAAUAUGUCUUGUUUUUAUUGAACAAAAAAGAUCAUUUGCUGAUGGAGUAUUUUAAAUAAACACUAAUCAUGUAA